AUGGGUAGCGUUGCGACCGAUGACACGGAGAACAGCGUUCGGAAAUUCCAAGAUAAAGCAAUCGGAAUGGCUACUCAACUACAGCAGGUUUGUGAUGCUAUACAAAACAAACUACAACCGAUCACUGAUCAAAUGUAUAAAACGGAUAAAAAUAAUGCGAUGGAGAAAUUAUUUACGACUAUUGAAGAAAAAACGAAUGUGAAGCGAGAAAAGUUGGUCUACGGAACAAUAGCGUUCUUGAUGAUCUAUUUUAUCAUCGGCGCGCUAGCACAAAUCAUUUCAAACGUGGUCGGAUUUGUUUACCCGGCUUAUCGUUCGAUAAAGGCUGUUCGAUCCUCUGUCAAAGAGGAUGACACACAAUGGUUGAUCUAUUGGAUAGUGUUCGCAUGGUUUUCCAUUGUUGAUUUCUCAGUGUUUUCCACUGUGCCUUUCUACUGGUUAUUUAAGGUGGUUUUUCUUCUGUACCUACAUCUUCCGGUUUUCAACGGUGCCACCGUCAUCUAUCACAACUUUAUCGAUCCAGCAUGCACAUUCGUUGAGUCCUAUUUCCAUCCCAGACGAGGUUUCGAUGUCACGGAACCUCAGCCGCAAAGUGAUUAG